AAUCCUAAUUUCCCUGUAAAUGUUCUUAAUUCAAUUCACUUUCUAAAACCCUAGAUCCUAAAAUGAUGAGAAGAAUCUCUUCACUCCUCACCGCUACUAACAGACUAUACUCGAACCCACAACCCCCACUACAAUUCCACUCCAUACAGUCCCUACGAUGCCCCAAUUCGAUCCCAAGAAAUAUUUUUUCAAGCAAAAUUUUGAUGGGGAUUAGGGCUUACAGUCUUUUGAGCUUGAAUGACUUGAGAGAUAAUAUACCUAGAAAAAAGAAGACCAGAAAGGGGCGAGGGAUUGGUUCAGGGAAGGGAAAAACUGCUGGGAGAGGACAUAAGGGCCAGAAGGCUAGAGGCUCUGGGAAGUUAGGGUUUGAGGGGGGGCAGACUCCAAUGCGACGUCGAUUGCCGAAAAGAGGAUUCAAAAACCCUUUUAGCCUUACCUUUCAGCCAGUAGGGUUGGGAAAGAUUGCAUAUCUAAUAAAUGCAGGGAAGAUUGAUUCUCAUGAAUUGAUCACAAUGAAAACUCUCAAGGAUGCUGGAGCCAUAGGGAAGCAGAUACAAGACGGUGUACGAUUGAUGGGACGUGGAGCUGAAAAGAUCGAGUGGCCUAUUCAUCUGGAGGUGUCAAGGGUGACCGUUAGAGCGAAAGAAGCGGUUGAAGCAGCAGGCGGUUCUGUCCGAAAAGUUCAUUACAACAAAUUGGGUUUGCGGGCAUUACUUAAGCCAGAGUGGUUUGACAAGAAGGGGAGGUUGUUGCCAAGACCAGCCAGGCCUCCUCCGAAACUGAAAGAUAAAGUCGAUAGCAUUGGCCGCCUCCCAGCGCCAACCAAACCUAUUCCAUUCUUCACUGAAGAGGGGGCGGCAACCUCGCUGUCUGCCUAGUUUGCCUAAUUUUUGAGCUGUUUGUAAGCUUCAACUUCAAGAUUUGUAUUGCCAGGAUAGUAAUAUCAUGCAGGCAAAUUUUGAUUUGCAAAAGAGACUUUUUGUUCUUGUUCUGCUUCAGUGCAGCUUGACAUAAAUUAUCAAAACAUGAGAAGGGUGUUCAUGUAUUAGAAUCAAUAUAAUUUUUGUUUUUAAAAGCAAUCUAAUAAAUUUUAGGAAUCUCCUAUAUUUCUAACA